AUGAGGAAUGGAGGCGGCGUCAUCAACAAGGAGCUCGCACGCACCCUCUACCGCCGAGUCCUGAAGCUCGUCUCUGUGGCGAAGCAGCCCCACACGCAGCGCAUCGUGCAGACGCAGUGGGCUGAAUUUGUGCCCUCAGAGGUGUGGAUCGCCCCUGGCGACGAGCUGCGUCACAUUGUCCGUCGCUCCUUCGAGGCGCCGUACACCCCAGCCGCGGUGACGAACGCUUUCAACUUUCUUAAAGAAGCCGAAGAUUCCCUCUUUUCGAUUCGGGUGCUGGCGGAGUGGGAGCGGCUGGAGAGGCAGGACCACUGGGACCUCUACAACGGCAUGGCGCUGAUGAGCGCCGCGCUUCAUGGCGCGUGCGUCGGGUGCCACUCCCAGAUGUCCUUCGAGAGCUGCAUCAAGGACUACCAGGUGCGCAUUGGGUCCUACGUGCAGAACAUAGCCAAGUCGGUGCAGGAGCGGAUAGAGGUGCGCUCACUCGAGGCGGGGCGCGUGGAGGACCUCAGCAAAUUUAUCAAGUUUGUGCGCGAGGCGAGCGCUCUCGAGCGGCGCGAAGCGAAACCGGAGGAUUUCAGCCUCGUUGCGCUGCUGCAGAACCGCUGCGCCUCGGAGUACGUACUCAACAUCAUCGUCACCUUCGUACUACGGGCCCUUAAUAUUCACAGCACCUUAGUAGGCGCCGACCUGUCUUUUCGGUGGGUGCGGGUGAUGCCUCGCAACAACGCGUCCCCCAUCUUCGCCUCAUGGUCCUACGGGGCCAUGCGGCGCCGGGAGGUCGAGCGACUCAUCCGCACCGCCGACACGCAUUGGUACCGCUCCGUUCCAUGGGACGCCUCGCAGCGAAAGAGUGUCGUUUGCGCUUUGCUGCGGCGUCAGCUGGGGUGUCUCCCGGCCUCCCUGGAUACGAGCGCCAAGAUACAGACCAGCUGCAAGAAGCAGAUUCUCUUUCUUCUCUCCUGA